AUGGCUUCUCGAUUUGCUCUUAGUUUACUCUGCUCCAUACUCAUUGCAACGUCGUUUUGUUCCGCUGUAGCGGGCGGCGACGCCGGAGAAAAUGACGAUCUUUUGAUCCGUCAAGUCGUUGACCAAGGAAAUGCUAACGAUGUAUUUAGAAACUGGCUGCUAGUAGUUUUCGCGAUCUUCAAGAAGAAGUUCGCAAAGGCGUACGCCACCAAGGAGGAGAACGAUUACCGGCUCUCAGUGUUCAAGGCUAACAUGCGCCGCGCCAGGCGCCACCAGAAGCUCGACCCCUCCGCCGUCCAUGGUGUUACUCAGUUUUCGGAUCUCACUCCCAAAGAGUUCCGUAGACAGCACCUCGGCGUCAACCGUCGCCUCCGCCUACCCGCCGAUGCUAACAAGGCGCCGAUCCUUCCUACUAAUGAUCUUCCUACUGACUUCGAUUGGAGAGACCAUGGUGCCGUUACGCCAGUCAAAAAUCAGGGUUCCUGUGGAUCAUGCUGGUCGUUUAGCACCACUGGAGCACUGGAAGGUGCCAACUUUUUAUCGACUGGAAAGCUUGUGAGCCUCAGUGAGCAACAGCUUGUAGAUUGUGAUCAUGAGUGUGACCCAGAAGAAAAAGAUUCAUGUGACUCUGGCUGUAGUGGUGGACUGAUGAACAGUGCCUUUGAAUACACACUUAAAGCCGGUGGACUCAUGAAGGAAGAAGACUAUCCUUACACAGGCACUGACCGUGCAGCUUGCAAAUUCGACAAGACCAAGAUUGCUGCAAAGGUUGCUAACUUUAGUGUUGUUUCCCUUGAUGAAGAUCAAAUUGCUGCAAAUCUUGUCAAGAACGGCCCUCUUGCAGUGGGUAUCAACGCCGCUUUCAUGCAGACAUACAUAGGAGGGGUUUCCUGUCCAUACAUAUGCUUUAAGCGGGUGUUGGAUCAUGGUGUGCUGUUGGUCGGGUAUGGUGCAGCUGGCUAUGCUCCGAUUCGACUGAAAGAGAAGCCAUUUUGGAUUAUUAAGAACUCUUGGGGAGAAAACUGGGGAGAGAAGGGAUACUACAAAAUCUGCCAGGGCCAUAAUGUUUGUGGGGUGGACUCGAUGGUUUCCACUGUUGCAGCCGUUAGCACCUAA